UGCGAGCAGCACCGACGCUUCCACGUCGGCGGACAAGGUGUGCACCACAGCUGUGCACUUCGAAGGCGCCUUGGCAGGACGAAGUCCCCCACGCCUACGCGAAAAUGUGUUGGCACAAUGGCAACCCGCAUCGGCGGCUUCUUCGUGGGCGGCAGCCACAUGGUGCUAGUGGCGGCAAACAGCAGCGGUGCCCCCGAGGCGACCGCGAGCAUGCUCGAUGACGCGGGUGGGCUGGGCCAUUGGCGGCCUCGUCGACCAUGGGCGGAGGGAGAAACGUAUGCUCGAGUUGACGACCACACAGCGCUACUACGACGGCAAGGAAAAAGACGAGGUGUUGCGCGGGAAGGGCCGCAUGAUCUUCGCCAACCACGACUUCUUCGAGGGCAACGUCGCCACUGGAAGCAACAGGGUGUGCACUAUCUCAUACGCCACGCUGGCUGGGCGGGCUUACCUGCAGCCGUUCUUUCAGGGCCAACCGUGAGGCAAAGAGCUUCUCACCGCCUCCAAGGAGAGCGGCGUCGGUGGCGGUGAGGCCCGCGAGGCUACCGUGACGGCAGCGAGUUUGUGCGAUGGCCACACGUUGGCGGCGGGCGACGUCCCGAAAAUGGAGGUGGCGCUGAGGGCAGCGGAGGGCACGCGAGCACCGAACGCGGUGAUGCCAGCGUACGCAGCGCCAUUGCUGGAUUGCCCAUCAACUGUCGUGCUCGCCUCGGCUGCACAGUCCGGCUCCUUCCCGGCCGACGCUGCUCUGGCGUUAGUAACGCUCUCUUUCAAAGAAGCUGAAAGCACUGCUGCCGCUGCAGCGGCGGCCGUCUCUGUCUUCGACGAAGGCAACACGCCUUGUGGACGGUGAGUUCGACUGACAGCACGCUUGCUCCGCUAGCUCCGGCGACUGUUUCAGAAAAGUGGACGGAUCCGUCGUCAACCGCCGCGCGUGGCUCCGGUGUGACGACGGAGAAGACACAGGACACAAAUGAUGCGAUCAGUGAGGUGUCGGCGGCGGACGCGGAUGGGUACCUUGACGAAGAAGUUGCGGUGAACGGUGCUGAGCUGAGCACUGGUUUUCGCUCGGCUUCCAUGACGCCCCUGUAGUCUAGCGCCAAAGACGACGGAUGCCUCGGCUGGCUGCAGAAGCGCUCCAUCGGCUGCGAGAAGCUCAGCCUCAUGGUGAGUUGGAGGAACCGCGACGUUAUGCUGGCGAGGUGCAACAACCGCAUGUACGUGGGGUACUACGAGGACAAGCUGUGCCAGAAGCCCAUUGACGUGAUCCGGCCUGGCCCGGCAGACAGGUGCGUUGUCUACCACGAGCGGUGUGGGGAGUGCACGCUGCUGCUACGCGCCGGCAACGCGGCCAGACAGGACCGAUGCGGUGGCGCGCUGCGCACGUUCCCUCGAAUUGUGGACUGCGAGACCAGCUUCUCGAUGGGCCUGUCGCAAUCGGAACCCGGUGCCAGUGACGCGUGCGUCCUGCUCACCUCUCUCGCCGCACCCCUG